AUGUCUGCGCCCGAGAUACCCAUGGAGGACGCGGGCGCUGAGGAAGCAGGAGCGGCCAGCAUGGCCUUGCCCGCCCACGACCACUUGCGCAGCCUGAAGGCGCUCACGGAGAAACUGAGGCUGGAGACCCGAAGGCCCUCCUACCUGGAGUGGCAGGCCAGGCUUCAGGGGCCCAGCACCAGGCCAGUAGCCCCAGAGGAUGAGGAUGCCCCUCUGGACAGGAGCGGUCCCCUUCUGCCCCGGCCUCUGAGUUCCAGCAAGCUGCAAGGCUUCCAGAGUGUGGACGAAGCUCUGGGCUGGCUCCGGAGAGAACUGGCCGAGAUGCGGCUGCAGGACCAGCAACUGGCGCGCCAGCUCAUGCGCCUGCGCAGUGACAUCCACCAGCUAAAGGUGGAACAGGCGUGCGACCAGCACCGGCGGAUGCUCAACCAGGCCACCUGCGAGCUGGAGGAGUGCGACGAGCUGUCGGACCUGCUGUGCGACUCGCUGCUCGGCCCCGCCUUCAGCCUCUCGGCGCCGCUCAAGCUCCUGGGGGUGACCAAGAUGAACCUCAACUCUCGGAGGUUCUCUCUCUGCUGAGGGUCCUGGGAGA